AUCCGUUUACAUCUGAGCAUGCGCGACUCAAAUCUGCACUCUCCUCACAUUGGGAUGUGACAGUACGCGUUCUUUAACUGUCUAUGAGUGUACCUGCUGCCUGCCUGUCGUUCUCUGAACCGUCGGCCCAGCGGGUUUGAAGAUGACUGACUUAAUUUCAACGACUUCUUAGCUCCGAGAAACAUACAAACAGGAAGCAGUCAGGCUGCACGCUAACGCUAACAGCGCACUGACAGCACAACACCACCGUCAGCAGUCGUAGUAAGAACUGACAGGUAUGUCUUCGUCCGCCGCACUAGACACCGCCGUUAAAAAGAAGCACGUUCGUUUCGCCAGCAUGGAGGACGACAACGACGACCAGGAGGACACCCUGUUCGACAAAAGGAAGGAUACAAGAAGAGGGCUGAGGAGUGCGCUGAAGGCGGUUAAGCGGGCGACGAAACCUGGAUGCGACGACCGAGUGGAUGUGGUCGGCGGAAGAAGGAGCGGACAUGGCGCGUGCGGCCGCUGGAUGGUCACCCUCGCCCUCUGUGCAUCUUUCCUGGGCUUGGGGAUGUGUAUCUCUGUUCUUGGCCCCACGUUCCAGGACCUGGCUGUGAAUGUGAAAAAGAACAUCAGCAACAUUUCUUACAUCUUCGUCGCCUCUUGCGGCUACAUUGGCGGUCCCUCUUACACGCGUCAUCUUCUCGACUUCAUGAACCCUCAUCUCCUGUUAGGGGUUUCUAUGCUGGUCACAUCAUUUGGAAUGUGUGCGAUCCCUUUCUGUAAGCAGGCUCUGGUCCUCACUGGGCUCAUGUCCCUCAUUGGGAUGUCUAUGGGCAUUCUGGAUACAGGUGGUAAUGUCCUCAUACUGAACACAUGGGGCGAGCAGGCGGGCCCUCACAUGCAGGCUCUGCACUUCAGCUUCGCAGCCGGGGCCUUUGUGUCUCCGAUCAUCGCCAAGCUGCUGUUUGGGCCCGACAGCAACAGCAGCGCAGCUUUAAUAGCAACCAGCUCGACACCUCCUGUCACCACAGAACCAAUCAGCAAAACCCCUGAUCCACACACCUUCUUCCACAACAUCCACAGCAGGACCACCACCUUUAAAUCCAUGUGGGCUUACAUUGUGAUCGGCUCUUUUGUCUUUCUCGUCUCCCUCCUCUUCCUCAUCCUCUACUGUCGCAGCAGCGCGUCACGCGACAAAGCCCCCUUGUCCUCGGGAAAGCCUCUGGUGGCCAAACAUCACAUGGCUCUCGUUGUCCUGCUCUUCUUCUUCUUUUUUGCUUAUGUGGGUGCUGAGGUUGCAUACGGCUCAUUCAUCUUCACCUUUGCCAAGGACUAUGCCCACAUGCCCCAGUCCCAGGCUGCAGGGCUCAACUCGUUGUUCUGGGGGACGUUUGCUGCCUGCAGGGGGUUGGCCAUCUUCUUUGCGGCCUGCAUGUACCCGGGUGCCAUGAUUCUGCUCAGCCUGGUGGGCUCCACCCUGUCCUCUUUGCUGCUCUGCCUCUUCAGCAAGGAGAACGUGGCCCUGUGGGUUUGCUCGGGUCUGUACGGCGCCUCCAUGGCCACCACCUUCCCCAGCGGCAUCUCCUGGCUGGAGCAGUACACCACAGUGACCGCCCACACGGCGGCAGCUUUCGUGGUGGGGGCAGCGUUGGGGGAGAUGGUGCUUCCCGCUCUUGUAGGCUUCCUGCUGGGGAAGUUCCCCAACCAACCCUUGCUCAUGUACCUGUCGCUCAUCACCGCCACCUUCACCUCCAUCCUCUUCCCGGUCAUGUACAAGCUAGCCUCUGCCCCCAGCGGCCAGACCAGGAAGCCCCGCGUCAGGGGCCGGCGAGAAGCCGACGACAGCGAAUACCGCCAAGCGCUGCUGGAUUCAGGCGCCAACGAAGAGGAAGAGGAAGAGGAGGAGGAUCAGGACAACGAGGAUCAGUGCAACGACGCAGACUUUGAGGUCAUUGAAAUGGAUGACACGACCAGUCUCAUCAGUUCACCCAGCAAGGCACCCACUCCUCCUGACGUCACUGGUCUAACAGGGAACUCGGCUGCCUCCAACAGCCAGGCAACGGGGCCUGCAGGUGGAGCCUCUGUCUAAGACACUAUGUCCCUGGUAGGAGACUCCCCCAGACGCAAACUACUGCUCUCUCUGGACAGAGAGAAGUGAGACUGAAACCUCCUGCUGCUCUCUCACUGAACACUAAAAGAGCCAUGUCUCUGCCCAUUUGUUGUUCUUGAACAGUUGAUGAUUAACUGUGCAGUGAAUGCAGCGCUGACUACUGACCGACACCUGUGCAGCUUAGAAACCAUCCAUACCGUGUGCCCAGUGACACACUUCUCCUGGACGAUGAAGGAUCAGAUUUAGAACUGUACUGCUACACUACAGAUUGGUUUAAAUACGCCAUUGCUCCCCUCCACCGGGAGGUCAGUGAGCUGGAGAACAGGUCCCUGCUGGUAGGAUACGGUGCCUUGCUUGGGGAAACAUGAGCAAAGUGAAUGAGAUGAACCAGGUAUGCUCUUUCUUCAUCAGCCCACCCUGCUGCCUAAAAUAGAUGUUUUUAAAAAUGUAAAUUUAUUUUUGAGCGAUUGCAGUGAACAGCAGCAGGACAUGUGUGUAAUAGUUGUAUAAUUUGAAAGUUGUUUUUGAUGAUGCACUUUAGUAGUUUUUUUUUUUUUGUCAUGUAAUGUGCUAAUCUCUAAAUCACGUGUUGUCACUGCGAAUCAUUGACAGAAGGCAUUUUAAUACAUUGACUUUUUAUUAUAUCAAUCUCAAACCUCCACCCACAGCAAUGUCCAUUAAAAACAAACAAAAAAA